GUGAUUUACAUGCUUUCUACAAUGCGCAUGCGUAAAAGAUUAUAAACACUGACCGGAAUGGUUUGCUUCCGGAGGUCUUACGGUAAUUUUGCAAAAUAAAUUUGCAAGGAAAUCCCAGGUAGGGAGCUGUGUGUGAAGUCGAAGACUAAAACUCGUGCGAGAUUGUGAAGGGCCUGAACAUUGCAGGGCAGACUUGACACCAAUGAAGGGGCAACAGAAAAGCCCUGAUCCACAGGUGGAGGUGCCUAUCAUGGAGGAAGGAACUAUCACUACAGCCAUCGAUCCAUCUGCUAUUACGACGAUACAGUCAGCUGCCACGUUUUCUGCUGAACAGCCAAUAAAGUACGUUUUCAAAACGGAGGGAAAUACCGGGCAGGUGACAUAUCGAGUGAUCCAUGUUGCUGAAGGGCAGAUGGACACGCAGGCAGACGGAACUGCAGCUGUUAGCGUUGUGACUGGAUUCCCUGCAGCAACACAGGCCGGGAUACCCCCUGUAACACGGGCUGUAUACUCUCAAGAUGAUGGUCUGGAGACGGAGGCCAAUGAAGGGCACUACUACUAUCCAUCCACCAUCAGUGACACUGCCCCAGCUACCAUAGUAACCAACGUCCAUGCAGCUGAUUCGCUGCUCACACAGCCUGCUUCUGCAGGCCAACUCUAUGUGAUGAUGUCACCACAGGAAGUGUUAGGCACAGCCAAUCAGAGUAAGACAGAGAUGCCUUGCAGUUCAAGAGAUGACAAGAGGAGAGCACAACACAAUGAAGUUGAACGUAGACGCAGGGACAAAAUUAACAACUGGAUCGUCCAGCUUUCCAAAACAAUCCCUGACUGCACUGUGGACUCGGCCAAAACUAGCCAGAGUAAAGGUGGGAUCCUAUCAAAAGCCUGUGAUUACAUUCAGGAGUUGCGCCAAAGCAAUGCUAGGUUAUCGGAGGACCUGGAAACACUGGAGAGACUGAGGCUGGACAACCAGCUCCUCAGACAAGAGGUGGAAGAUUGGAAAUCUAAAAAUCAGAUGCUUAGAAGCCAGUUAAGACAUCAUGGUAUAGUUGCUGCAUCGAGCAUGGACCCUCAGUGAAGCCCUGCACUUCCAUGAUUGCGUUUAUUAAGCAGACCUGCACUCAGCAUUCUUUAAAGUUUGUCUGGCAGAAAGCUUUUGGACUUGAUUUUGAGUCUGAUUUGUCUAGUGGCUGAUAAUGUUAAGUAAGGCUAUGAAUUAAAGAGAAGAGAAUUGAUCUUAGCUAAGCUUGUAUAAGCUGUGUGUUUCCUGUGAACUCCUCAUAGUAAAUGAUUGAUGGAAGGAUAACACAUGGGUCGUGAUCUGAACUGCACUAAAAUGUGUUUUUCUUGGUAAGAUCAAUAGUGUAUAAAGAAUUUAUUUUUAUGUCUUACUGGAUAAUAGAGUAGUUUGGAUUUGGGAAGUAAAGCUCAUUUUUUGAUUCUGAAUCGAAAGCAAAGCAUUUAUGCUACUGAAGUAAUACAGCUUACACAAAUUUGGUAACAGGUUUUUAAAAGUACUGGGUAACAGGGUCAAAAUUCCUCCUUCUGAAAUAGUGUGUUUUGAAUAGAAUUCCUAGAGUUAGGAAAAUAUUCUCAAAAUGUUUUAUAGUUCUUUCAGCUGUACAAGUACGCUGUCAUAUGGGAUGGUUUACCAUCACUAUACUUCAGUUUAUCUUUGUAAUGUAUUUUGGUAAUAUACUGGAUAUUGCCAUAUAUUUAGUUAUCUUAGGAUUGUGACAAGAAAGAAUCCAGGGAUUUGUGUAUUUCAAACUCUGUGUCUCAAAACAUUUUCAAAAACAUACCAAUGUUAUUUGUACCAAAUUUCUUAGGUUUGUAUAAAAUCAAAGGAAAUGACAUGCCUACAAGUUUUGUAUUAAAAUACUAUUUAAUCUGUA